AUGGAAAAUCAGUACAUGCCAUAUAUUGAAAUAUCACAACAAAGUUCAAACUCACAAAAGUGUGAGGUGGAAUCUCUGUUGAAAAUCUACUGGUUGCUGGUUGAUGCUGUACACCAGGCAAAUGGCUUCUAUUGCGAUCAGCUGGUGACUACUACCUCUUAUUUGUUCUUCAGUAUCGUAGUCGACCUAUACUAUGCUGUCUUGUCCUAUGAGUCUGGAGACUAUAUAGAGUUGAUAUUUUCGUUCAUCUGGGCUUUGGCUAGCGUUAGUUACAUGGUGGCGAUGAUUCGAUCUGCAGCUGACGUCACAAAGUCAGCUGACAAGACGACGAUGGCAAUCUCCAAGACGAUCCAUAAGGAUAUUGAUCCUGCUAUGAGGACACAGUUGAAGAGGUUCCUUCUACAAGUAUCUAUCGACAUACCUAAAUUUUGUCCACUGCACCUCUUCAAAAUUAAAAGCGAUAUCUUAACUAAGGUGGCAGGAGCAGUGACCACAUAUUUGAUAAUUCUGCUUCAGUUCCAGAAUCAGAACGAGGAAAAUUAA